AUGAGCGAGAACAGCCACUUUCCAUGGUCUGCCGCAGAUUGCUGUGAGCUGCAUUCCUCGGGCUCGCAGCCGGCCGUGCUGGCCUGCAGUGAUGGGGACGAGCAGCUCAGCCAGCCUCCGGAGUCUGCCAGCGGGAGAGCCAGCCCCCGGGUCGAUGCUCAGCCCUCCCAAGGAGUGGAGGGGGAGCGCGGGGGCCAGGGGGAUGAACAUCUGGAAGCAACGACAGAGCCGGGCGAGAGUCAGGGUGAGCGGGGACCAGGGACGGGUGCCACCAGUGAGAGCAGCCAUGAGGAUGGGCCGGCGCUGGCAAACGGCGUGGAUGCAGAGCUGAUCGUGGGGCGGGAGCAGACGCCGCUGCAGCAGCGGGACGGUGGUGUGCCCAGCCGAAACAGUACGGAUUUGGGGGAGAGGGGCUCCCCAAGCCAGGAGAUACCUAGCGAGGCCCUCAGCAACGAGCGGUGGCACAGUGUUCUGGGAUCCUCAGAAGCUCUAAGUGCUGACGAGCCAGAAGAGCAGCUUGGGUUUGCUUCUGGAGAUGCCAAGCUGAACUGCAGUGAGGAUGACAAGGAACAUUUUCAAUUCAAAGACAUCAGGGAUGGGUUCAGCUCAACCUUUGAGAAGAUAGUUGAGUCUGACCUUAUGAAGGGUACAUACUACAGCAGCUUGGACUCUUUGGACGUCCUCUCUCUCACAGACGAGACAGACAGCUGUGUCAGUUUUGAGGCCCCACUUACCCCAUUGAUCCAGCAAAGGGUCAAAGAAAGCCCAGAGCUCUUGGAGCAGAAACUGGUAGCCCAGCAGAGAGAAGCCCUUCACCACAUGGCUGCUGAUAAGCAAGAGCAAGCAGCAGCAAAGCCAGUGGAGGGGGAUUUUGGGAGCCCUCUCAGGCACUCAAUUACCAGUAGCAGGUCGGAGAACGUGCUGAGCCGAUUGUCCUUGAAGAGUAUCCCAAAUGGGUUCCAUGUGGAAGGGUCAGAGGAAGAUGCCACCAAGAUCAUUAACUCCAUCAGCGAUGCCAGCUUGAAAGACGCACUGUCAGACUCUGACUCUGACAUGGGCAGCAUGGAGCAGCUUGACCAGGGCAGCACAGACACCUUGGCGAAUGGCUGCAGGGCGGAUAGUGAGGCUGCCAAGAGGCUGGCCAAGCGCCUCUACAACCUCGAAGGGUUCAAGCGCUGCGAUGUGGCACGCCAGCUUGGGAAAAAUAACGAAUUUAGCAAGUUGGUAGCAGAGGAGUAUCUCAGCUUCUUUGACUUCACUGGCCUGACCCUUGACAAAGCACUCAGGACAUUCUUGAAAGCAUUCCCGCUGAUGGGAGAGACGCAGGAGCGGGAGCGGGUGCUGAUUCAUUUCUCCCGGCGAUACUGCCAGUGCAACCCAGAAGAGAGCACGUCCGAAGAUGGGAUUCAUACGCUCACCUGCGCCCUGAUGCUGCUAAACACAGACCUUCACGGCCAUAAUAUUGGCAAAAAGAUGUCAUGUCAACAGUUCAUAGCAAACCUGGAUGGCCUGAACGAUGGGAAGGACUUUGCAAAGGAUUUGCUGAAGACACUAUAUAACUCCAUCAAGAAUGAGAAGCUGGAGUGGGCCAUUGAUGAGGACGAGUUGAGGAAAUCACUCUCGGAGCUGGUAGAUGACAAAUUCGGAGCCAGUGCGAAGAAAGUGACAAGGAUUGUUGACAGCAGCAACCCCUUCCUGGACAUCCCCCAAGCGCUGAACGCAGUCACCUACAAGCACGGUGUCCUCACACGUAAAACCCAUGCAGACAUGGAUGGGAAGAGAACUCCCAGAGGAAGAAGAGGUUGGAAGAAAUUUUAUGCUGUGCUUAAAGGGACCAUCCUUUAUUUACAAAAGGAUGAAUAUAAACCUGACAAAGACCUCUCUGAAGUGGAUCUGAAAAAUGCCAUCCGUGUGCACCACGCCUUAGCCACGAAAGCCUCUGACUACAGCAAGAAGUCCAAUGUGCUCAAGCUGAAGACAGCUGACUGGAGAGUCUUCCUCUUCCAGGCCCCAAGUAAGGAAGAAAUGCUCUCCUGGAUCCUGCGAAUCAACCUUGUUGCUGCCAUUUUCUCUGCCCCAGCCUUCCCAGCUGCAAUCUGCUCCAUGAAGAAGUUCUGCCGCCCGCUCCUGCCCUCGUCCAUGACCAAGCUGUGCCAGGAGGAACAGCUGAGGUCUCAUGAAAAUAAAAUGAAGCAGAUUGCAGACGAAUUAGCAGAGCAUAAAUUACAUCCUGUAGAGAAAAGCCUCAAGUCAAAAGAGGCUGAGGAAUACAGACUCAAAGAACAUUACCUAAUAUUUGAGAAGAGCCGCUAUGAGACAUACAUCAACCUGCUGUGCAUGAAGAUAAAAGUCGGGACAGAUGACCUAGAGAGAAUUGAAACCAGUUUCUUCAAGGUGGAAGCUGAUGACAUUGCUUUGCGGAAGACACAUUCAAGCCCUUCCUUGAGCCAAGGGCACAUGUCCAUCAGCUGUAAGGUGGAAAAGGACAUUUUAGAGCAGAACACUUAA